AUGGCCACAACUGUCAUCACCGAAGAUGAUCAGUCGAGAUGUCCGAUGAUAUCAUCGGCAAUGUUAGAUGCAACAAUUCCGAUUGUAACGGUGGCCAAUUCACUGACUUUGGCAUCGACAGAUCAUGGCGAAACUAUGAAACCGAUUGUUUCAUUUGGUCUCGUUUCUGAUAUUCAAUAUGCUGAUAAAGACGAUCAUCCCAACUACUCAAAAACUCGUCUGAGACGCUAUCGUAAUGCAUUGAAAUUGCUCGAUGAAGCUUGCGACUAUUGGAUCGAACACAAAUACGGUAUCUCCUUUGUGCUACAACUAGGCGAUUUGAUCGAUGGUGCAUCGGCAGCCGAUAACAAGUCGCAAAUUGCUCUGAAUACUAUUCUUGCUCCGUUUUCUAAACUUCCUUCGUCAUGUCGUGUCUAUCAUAUUUGGGGUAAUCACGAAUUGUACAAUUUUCCUCGAGCAGAACUUCUCACAGGUCCACUGUGUUCAUUCGACACAAAAGAUAUCUUUCCUGGACACUAUGGUACAUUUCAAGUGUGUCCAGGUUUGAGAGUCAUCGCAUUAGACACGUUCGAAUUCAGUGUUUUGGGUGUGGAUAAAACAGAUGAAGCCUACAUACGUGCCAAGGAAUUCUUGAAAAAACGCAAUCCUAAUGAGUAUGGCAAUGAUUAUUAUGGUCUUUAUGGCGAUCAACGACGAUUUGUUGAGUUCAAUGGUGGAGUAACACCGAAGCAACUCGAUUGGCUACAGGAACAAUUGACACAAGCAACGAAAUUGCACGAAAAAGUGAUUGUCAUUGGUGAGUCGCAUUGA